AUGAUACAUAUAAAUGUCGCAAUAGUCGGAGCCGGUCCUGUAGGACUUGCAGCAUCUUUGUACAUGCAAAAAUUCGGUUUAUCAUAUGCUUUAAUAGAAAAAAGCACCUAAUUUAUAAGUCAUCCAGCUGCCCAUUUAAUAAAUUUACGUUCAAUGGAAGUUUUAUCUGAGCUAAAAAACACUUAAAAUAAAAAUCUAACUAAUUAAAUAUACGAAAAUUGUGAAAACAUAGAAUAUUUCCGAUAUUAUAGAUAUUAACGUAGAUUAUUUGACCCAAAAGGUCCUUUUGGCGUUGACGAUCAUUUUAGUCCUAAUCCAGAAUCAAAGCAAUAAAAAAUUUUAUAAGAACAUUCAUUUGCCCGUUAUGUUCAUUUACCUUAGCCAUAUUUCGUGAAUAUAUUAAAAGACAAUAUAAUUGAUAAUAAUAAAAACGCUAUGCUUCAUUUUAUUUAUAAUUCUGACAUAGUCGCCUGUCUAGUAAAUCAUUCUAAAAAAGACGGCAUGUUUGUGCUCUAAGUUCCUACAUGUCCCCCUUACGACACUUAAAUGAAUAAAGAAUAAGCCAAAAAUACAAUAUUAUAAAUAAUUUAAGAUAAUAUGAGGAAAUAAAUAGAUGAUAUAGAUAUCAAAUCAACAGGAACAUGGAAAUUAUCUGCUGAAGUAAUCGAAAAAUACUACUAAAAUCGUGUAAUUUUUGCAGGCGACUCCGCACAUGCUUUCCCUCCAGCUGGAGGUUUCGGAAUGAAUACUGGUCUUUAAGAAGCUCAUAAUUUAGCACACAAACUAAAUUUAAUUUUUAAAAAUCCAAAAGAAUAAAAUAGAAUAUUAGAAACAUAUAAUAUAGAAAGGAAAUAGUAUGUGACCGAAAUUUUAAAUACUGCAAAUAAAUAUUAUUAGGGAAUUACUUAAUUAUUUACUUGA